AUGAACUUUCUUUUCGUAAUUUUGGUCGCGAUUACGUUCAUUUUGUCACAAGGUGCUCAAACGUAAGUUUUCAAUUGUUUACAAUGUUCCAGAGAUCAAGAUUUAGUAUAUGCUUAUUAACUCUAAGCCUAAAGAGGCUGCUAUACCCUACCAAAAAUCUGAUAUGUUCAAAAUAUUAUUUUAGUAACGAUCGUGUACGGCGACAAUGGGGCUAUCCACCACCAUACUACGGUCCACCUCCACCAUACGGAGGACCAUACGGCGGCGGCGGUCGUUUCAGGCCAUAUGGCGAACGAGUUACCAUCACCAAGACUAUAACUAAAACCUUCCCUUAA